CGCCGCGCGCGCUCGGGCGCACGCACCGCCAGAGAAGCUCGGCGCUCUUUCUCCAGCUCGGAAGAAGAUGGCAAAGGUGGCUAAGGACCUCAACCCUAAAGUUCAAAAGAUGUCCUUGGGCCAGCAACAGUCAGCAAGAGCAGUGCCUUGUCUCAGAUGCAAACAGACGUGCUCCGGCUUCGAGCCACAUUCGUGGAGGAAAAUAUGCAAGUCCUGUAAGUGCAGUCAAGAGGACCACUGCCUAAGUUCUGACCUGGAAGAUGACCGGAAAAUUGGCCGUUUGCUGAUGGACUCCAAGUACUCCACCCUCACAGCCCGAGUGAAAGGUGGGGAUGGCAUCCGGAUCUACAAGAGGAACAGAAUGAUCAUGACCAACCCCAUCGCCACUGGGAAAGAUCCCACCUUUGACACCAUCACGUAUGAGUGGGCUCCCCCAGGAGUCACCCAGAAACUGGGCCUCCAGUACAUGGAGCUCAUCCCGAAGGAGAAGCAGCCGGUGACGGGCACUGAGGGUGCCUCCUACCGUCGGCGCCAGCUCAUGCGUCAGCUGCCCAUCUAUGACCAGGAUCCCUCGCGCUGCCGAGGACUUUUAGAGAAUGAGUUGAAAGUGAUGGAGGAAUUUGUCAAGCAAUAUAAGAGUGAGGCCCUUGGCGUGGGAGAGGUGGCCCUCCCAGGACAGGGUGGCUUGCCCAAGGAGGAAGGGAAGCAACAGGAAAAGCCAGAGGCUGCGGAGACCACUGCUCCCACCACGAAUGGCAGCAUCGGGGACCUGUCCAAAGACGUGGAAUACGUCUGUGAGCUCUGCAAGGAGGCGGCCCCAGCCGACAGCCCGGUGGUCUACUCCGACAGGGCCGGCUACAGCAAGCAGUGGCAUCCAGCCUGCUUUGUGUGCGCCAAGUGCUCCGAGCCUCUGGUGGACCUCAUCUACUUCUGGAAGGGCGGUGCCCCCUGGUGUGGCCGUCAUUACUGUGAGAGCCUGCGGCCCCGGUGCUCCGGCUGCGAUGAGAUAAUAUUCUCGGAGGACUACCAGCGCGUGGAAGACCUGGCCUGGCACCGAAAGCACUUUGUCUGUGAGGGCUGUGAGCAGCCACUGAGUGGCCGGGCUUACAUUGUCACCAAGGGCCAACUCCUCUGUCCAACUUGCAGCAAAUCCAACCGCUCCUGAAGGGUCCCCACCCGCAGCCAGAAUCCGUAGAUCGUACCAAGAAAGAGAACCAGUGUGCGCUGACAUCAUCCUGGGGUCCUGCCAGGGCGGCCAGGAAACAACGUGAAUACUGAUUGUAGGCUGAGUGCUGAUAGAUCCUGGGGGGUCACUAGUUUCAAAGCCAAAAAUGUCCCAAGAAGUCUUAGGAUGGAAUUGUUUUGGCUGUUGUCUUUAUCGAUGUUUCCUAGCUACAACCGACUAACGGCGCAAAAUAGCAUCCCACAAGGGACCUGUCGGGGGCGUUUCCCAGAAUGCAGUUCUGAGUGAUGAGAUCGCAUAGUUGUAGAGUGCGCAUGCUUGUUCCUAACCAGGGAGCCUCUCCAAAAGCAGCAGGCUGCAAUCCCAACCUUACUCGUUGACUCGUUUUCAAUUGGAAUUGGAAUGUUGGGGAAAAAACCUUUGGGGGCAUGAUAAAACAUAUCAAUAAAAGUUUU